UUGGCUUCGGUGCAUAGCGCGCAGGGAUUGAUAGGGUGUAUUUUGGCUUCAUCAUUUGGGAAUCUAGAGCCGGCGCACUGCACUGAGGCUAAAAAUGUAUGGUCAUUGUCUUGUCCGAACACCGACCUGCCUACCAACCUUUGCUCGCAGAGGCAGUGGGACGAGCCGCUCUGUCAACUAGUACGGAAUAAUCUUGUUGAUACGUCAACUGGCUUGGCGGAGCGUGCUCGUCUUCUUGCUGCUGCGGAAUGGGAGUCUGGUCAGUGGUUACUAGCCUUACCUUCUCCGUCGAUAGUUUGCGAGUAGGGGCAGUGACUAAUGUCCCGCAUCGCUGCCAAUGUGGCUCCAUGGUUGACAGCUUGGGUCAUCAUGGCCUCUCUUGUAGCAGGAGUGCUGGUCGGAUUCCUCGUCACGCCAGCUUGAACGAUGUCAUCCGAAGGGCUCUUGUCAGCGUAAAGGUACCUGCUAUUCUGGAGCCUGUUGGUUUAACGAGGGAUGACGGCAAGAGACCCGACGGUAUGACGCUGGUGCCCUGGAGUAUGGGGAGGCCUCUGGUUUGGGAUGCAACGUGUGUAGACACUUUUGCCGUGUCCCACUUACCGGGCACUAGCUCUGGUGCUGGUCAUGCGGCCACGACGGCCGAGGAUAACAAACGGCGCAAGUACAGCACUCUCGGCAGUGGCUACAUAUUUGAGCCUUUUGGGGUCGAAACGUUAGGGUCGUGGGGGCCCAGCGCCCGGCGCUUAUUUAAGGAUUUGGCGUCGCGUUUGGUCGAUGCCUCGGGUGACCAGAGGGCAGGCCAGUAUUUUGCCCAGAGAAUUAGUAUAGCUAUUCAACGGGGAAAUGCGGCCAGCCUGCUGGGUACACUGCCUGCUGGCGGUGAGUUGGAGGGUGUAUUUUAUUUGUAGGUUUUUUUUUUUUUUUUUUUUUUU